UUGGGAGAUGGUAUAUCUGAUUCUUUUUCCUUAAAAAGCCAGCCUAGUAAUAAUCCGAGGCGUAAAUAACUCCAACUCCCCUGUUUUAUUGAAAACAUCGGAUUUGUCUUUGUAAGUUAUGUCGAAUGUUGUUGUAUACGUACGACUCUCACGAACUAAAAUCUUUGCCAAUUAUCUCCUUUUCCCUCUUCUCUCAGCCCCGUUGCUCAUUCUGACGAACAACAUCCUUAUUACUGUAACUUCCGAUCAACAACUUUGUACUCUAUUAGUACGCCGUAAAUAAUCGAACUAUGCUCUGAUCCUAUUGGAACCGCAAAAUCCUGUUUUUUGAGAUCCAUCAAUCAUGGCAAUAAAAGGAAAUCCAGGAGAUAACAGAAGCCGAGGCCCGUUGCCAAUAUUUGUUGUAGUUGGACUUUGUUGUUUUUUCUAUCUUCUAGGAGCAUGGCAAAGAAGUGGUUUUGGGAAGGGAGACAGCAUAGCUCUUCAGAUGACAAAGAAGGCAGAAGACUGCAGCAUCCUCUCCAAUCUAGAAUAUGAAACUCAUCAUGGUGAUCAAAGCGGUAUGGUUGAUGAUCCCAAGCUAGAAGUCAAGCAGUUUGAGCCUUGUGGUGAGCAAUAUGUUGAUUACACACCGUGUCAUGAUCAGAUGCGAGCAAUGACAUUUCCUAGAGAAAAUAUGAACUACAGAGAGAGACAUUGUCCUCCAGAGGAAGAGAAGCUGCAUUGUCUUAUUCCAGCCCCAAAAGGAUAUGUGACUCCUUUUCAAUGGCCGAAGAGUCGUGAUUACGUACCCUUUGCAAAUGCACCACAUAAAAGUUUAACAGUUGAGAAGGCAGUGCAAAACUGGGUCCAAUAUGAAGGGAAUUUAUUUAGAUUUCCAGGUGGUGGAACUCAAUUCCCACAUGGGGCAGAUGCAUAUAUUGACCAACUUGCUUCUGUGAUCCCAAUGGACAAUGGUACAGUUCGAACUGCAUUGGAUACCGGUUGUGGGGUUGCAAGUUGGGGUGCAUACCUUUUCAAGAAGAACGUUAUAGCCAUGUCAUUUGCACCAAGAGAUUCACAUGAAGCUCAAGUCCAAUUUGCUUUGGAAAGAGGUGUGCCAGCAGUUAUUGGUGUACUUGGAACCAUAAAAUUGCCAUUUCCAUCAAGGGCCUUUGAUAUGGCUCAUUGUUCACGAUGUUUGAUUCCAUGGGCUGCAAAUGGUGGAAUCUACAUGAUGGAAGUGGAUCGCGUGCUCAGACCAGGGGGGUACUGGAUACUUUCAGGUCCUCCCAUCAACUGGCGGACUAAUUAUCAAUCAUGGCAACGGCCUAAAGAGGAGCUGGAAGAGGAACAAAGAAUGAUUGAAGAGAUAGCUGAAUUUCUCUGCUGGGAAAAGAAAUAUGAGAAAGGUGAGAUAGCAAUAUGGAGAAAACGAGUAAACAAUGAGUACUGCAGUGAACGAGAUUCUCGUGUAACUCUAUGUGAAUCCUCGAAGUCAGAAAAUGUCUGGUAUAAGAAGAUGGAGGCAUGUGUAACUCCGUAUCCUGAAACAAGGAAUUCUGAUGAAGUUGCUGGUGGAGAGCUCAAGCCAUUUCCAGAGAGACUUAAUGCUAUUCCUCCAAGAAUAGCAAGUGGAUCUGUUCCUGGAGUCUCUGUCGAGUCAUUCCAGGAGGACAACAAGUUGUGGAAAAAGCAUGUGAAAGCUUAUAAGAGAGUUAACAAGUUCCUUGACACUGGGAGGUAUCGCAAUAUACUAGAUAUGAAUGCUGGCCUAGGAAGUUUUGCUGCAGCACUAGAGUCACCUAAGCUGUGGGUAAUGAAUGUUAUGCCAACUAAAGCAGAAAGCGACACUCUUGGCGUAUUAUAUGAACGAGGCCUGAUUGGCAUAUACCAUGACUGGUGUGAAGCCUUCUCUACCUACCCUCGGACGUAUGACCUUAUUCAUGCAAAUGGAGUUUUCAGCUUAUAUAAGGACAAAUGUAAUGUUGAAGACAUUCUACUAGAGAUGGACAGGAUUCUUAGACCAGAAGGUGCAGUUAUAUUCCGAGAUCAUGCAGAUAUUCUUGGCCAAGUAAAACGCAUUGCAACUGGUAUGAGGUGGAAGACAAAAAUGGUAGAUAAUGAGGAUGGUCCUCUUAUUCCAGAAAAGGUAUUGUUUGCUGUCAAAAGAUACUGGGUUGUUGGAGAUAACAACUCCACCGCCUUAUAGUGAAUGGCGUGAAGAGAUCCCUAUGCGCCAGAGUUAGUAUGAUUCUUUUCCCCCCGGGAAUUCAAAGUUGACUACAAGGAGAGAUCCCUGCAGUUUGUCAUGGUAAUCUUUUUCUUUUUCUUUUCCUUUUUCUUUCUUCUUAUUUAGUGGUUGCAGGUAAGAAAAGUUUUUAGUUUCUUAUCCUCAUUGGUUGUUUAUUAAGGCUUCAUCUCAUUCUCUUUGUGUAGUAUUAUUACUAUUAUAAUUAUUUUCUUUUUUCUUGAUUUACUUUGCUAUAUACCAUGUAUUUAUAGCAGUUUUUUUUAGAGAUUCCAGCUCAGCAGAAUGAGUUAUUUAUUGUUAGGAAUCAGACUUACUUUCUGAUGUCCUAUUUUUCAAGAA